AUGCCUCGCCAACCUCGUCAGCCGCGGCCGGCGGACUUCUGGGUCGGCAUACACCAAGAAUUGCUGCUGUUAGAGGUUGUGCUUGCCAAGCUUGCUCCGGAUGUGCUGACAGCGCUAAACAAAGAGGUGAUCGCUCAAAUGGUCGGCGAAGGUAAAUUGAAUGAGGCUUCCGUCAGAUCGAAACUUGCCCAGAUCCGACAGAGGGGACUAGAGAUUAUCAGCAAUUAUGAGACACGCCAGCGUGCUGGUAACGAGAACGAACGACAGGCCGAGCAAGACGACAAUCGUCGAACUGCAGGCGAGGAUGAAGCGAGUGCAAGAGGUUCCGACAAUGAGGCUUUCCACAACACUAAUAUCAAUCAAGUGGCGGCUGCUGGCUCGCAAGCACAUGUCCCAAAACUUCGGCGGCGAAAGAGUCGAAAUCUGCCGCCUCCAGUCCAUUCGACUCCUCAUCCCCACAGCAAUCAGAACACUGCUUCAAAUCACGAUGGCAUUCACCAGAGCACCGCCGCACAGCUCCAAGAUCGGAUGGUCACGUUGAGCCUGACACCUCGUCAGAAGAGCCCAGGGUCCGCAGCCAAGAAGCGCAUCAAUGAUCAGCUUUCCACCCAGGCCAAAGCAAAUCCCAAGAUCAGCCCCUCGGACAGAUCGCCACCAGGUCCAGAUGGCGACAGUAGUCAAAAAAAGCGCCGGCGUGGUGCAAAUGAGUAUGGUUCUCACGAUGAGCGCCCUAGUUCGCCCAGUCCCAGAAAUGUAGAGAUCAUGGAUGCCAACAGAAUUUCUCAAGGCGAAGAGGAGAUGCAGCGCCCGCAAAGCGUCAAGCGUGUGAAGGUAGAGCCAAACAUCGAUCCAGAGUCGUUGGACUACAUGAGUUCCAUGCCAGACGCGCCAUGGAGCGGAGGUCCUAAGAAAACAGGGCCAGGGUCAGCUCAGGAGCCGUAUACCCUUACCGACGGGGAUAGCGAUGCCGACGAGCCGGGAACGCCCAGUCAGAGUCAUUUCACCCAGAGCAGCGAAAAGAAAUCUGCCGCCACGAAAGCACAUCCACCUAGCCAACGCCGGAGUACAUCUGAUCGAUCCGGUACUGGCACCUCGAGCGAAAGGCGAUGGGAUCCCGUACCAAUGAGAAAGACCGCGAAGCCGAGAGUGCAACCAGCCCACAAGGCGUACACAGGCUGGAAUCCGGUGAACCAGCCUAAGAGUUCGAAGAAGUCGAGCAAGCAGCGAGUGCCGUCCGGCAAACUUCACACGAGAGCAGCCCCGUAUCCGAAUGACCGACUGGGAGGCGGCCAGAUCAUCAGAGAGGUCAGCAUAACCAAGUCAGAGGCAGAGCGGAAUCGCGGGUAUCCCAGCGAUGAGGUUAACUGUCAACCCCGAGUGCGUUUCCGCAUUCAACGACCUCAAACUCAAGGCCGGCGUGGCGGUCCGAAAUACAUAAUCUACAAGAUCUCCGACGACCAGAAAGAGAUUGUCGUGGACGAGAUCGGCUCCGAGUCUGACUACGAUGCCUUUCGCGAGAAGUUGAUUAGCAAGAAGGAGAGCUCAGGCAAGGAUCGCCCGUCGUACGCCAUCUACGAUGUUGAGUUCGAGCUCGAGGGCGGUGAGGGCAAGAGGUCCAAGAUCGCUUUCAUCACAUACAUCAACCAGGAUGCGACUGGCUCCCGCAUGGUGUACGCCAGCUCGCGCGAGACUCUCAAGAACGCUCUCAAUGGCAUUGCCAUGAACUGGCAAGCCAACGACAAGGGCGAGCUGGAGUGGGCUGAUCUACUUAAGGAGGCUAGCAAGGGCAAGGGCACUGUCUGA